AUGCAUUUACACACCGGCCUGGCUGAGGUCGCCCGACGUGAAGGCGUAAACAUCGUGACCGACUCCCGGGUGGAAAAGGUCGACUGGACAUCCUCCAAGCAAGUUACUGUCACUACAACCAAGGGCAAAACCUGGACGUUCGAUCUUCUGGUUGGUGCCGAUGGUGUCCGUUCCGCAGUACGCAAAGCUAUCAUGCCGCAUGUCACGCCAAAACCACCAACUGGAAACUGCGCCUACAGGGCCAUUGUGCCAUAUGAUCAGAUCCGACAAGAUCCCGUCGCGAAAGAACUCGCCGAGAAAUUGACCAUGGAAGUGUGGAUGUCUGACAAGGCUUACAUUAUUUCGUAUCCUAUCUCGCACGGCACGCAGUUCAACAUGGUGCUGAGUCACCAUUGCGACCGUCUCGUCGAUGAUGUCGAAGACAUUGACAUGGACGAGUUUAGAGAGACUUACAAGGACUUCGAUCCGAGGAUCAAGAGGAUUGUUGAUAUGGUACCUACGGCUCGUAGGUGGCCAUUGCUCGUAACUGGGCCGCUAGAGACGUGGUCCACGCCAGAGAAGAAUGUGGUUUUGAUGGGUGACGCCGCGCAUUCCAUGGUAAACCACAUGGCGCAAGGGGCGGCCACUUCAAUGGAAGAUGGAGCCUUCUUGGCACGUACCCUCGCCAAACAUGUCGAGGGCAAAAUUACCCUUCCAGAGGCGAUUGAAAUAUACGAGAAGGGUCGAAUGCCGAAGGCAUAUUUCAAACAACAGGUCUCGUUUUUGAACGGCGCGAUUUGGCAUCUACCGGACGGGCCACUGCAAGAGGCCCGUGACAAAGCCAUGUCAGCCGAACUCCGUGGCAACCAGUUCAUGAGAUCACCGAAUUUGUACGGUGAUCCAGACACAACGCUGAGUGUGUACGGUUACGAUGCAGAGCAAGACGCCGACCUUGCCAUCAAAGCCCAUCUUAACAGACAAGAACCGCGCGAUCCGAAGACGGGUGUGACUGACCGCGAGUUAGAACGAUUCAUGGGCUGGUGGUGGCCCAAAGACAAGGCCGCCCUACAAGCGUCGAAAUUAUGA